UUGUCUGCGUUUUGCAAUGAUUUAUGCAUUGUUUUAGUUGAUUGUACACUCUAGAUGUGAGACUUCGAACCUAGUUUUAUAAUCUGUUUAAAUACAGGCAUGCAUGUAUACGGACAAAUGUUAAUUUUGCGGAAAGAGUUAUGACAGACUACACGUGUCGGUCUGGCUCAGGUCAAAUUGUGUAAGACCUUGUAGCAAGAGUAUACACGUAUGAGGUGUUUUCAUAUUAAACGCGGUCACCAGAAGACAUCAGUGCCAUCAAACACUGUAGACUAUGAUGAUCCUUAGUAACGAGAAGCUGAGUAGUGUGAUGUAUUAGGAGUAUUUUCGAAUCUAGAGUUUGUUGGGCAGCAAUGGAACAUUCCAAUGGAGCUUUCUAAAAGUGGGUACAGAGAAUAUACCAUGACUUGCGUGACCACGUCUCUUUUUGCACCAGUUUGUGUACUGAACAAACAAAAUAAUCCGUGUGGGAACAACAGUAUUGCUGACUAGUGAGAGUGAUGAAGCACAUGCUCUGGCACUGUAUUUCUUCAAAAAAUAAAAUAAAAUAAAAUGGAACUAACUAAGAAGUUUCCUGAUCGAGAUAAGUUGACAGCAGAACAGUGUGCAAAUAUUUAUUGUGAUCUUGUCGAUCAUCACCGUGAGCAUCUGGUGCGCCAUCUAUCAGAUGAUGUGGUACUGGACUGGUUUGGAAGAACCAUUGCAGGAAAGGAAAUGCUGCUGAAUUUCUUUCAACAAGAGACUCAUAUGGAACACAAACUGGUAUCAGUUGAACCAGCAGGUUAUGUUAAAAUUCAGAGAAGGCCAGCAAUUCGAAAGCUGAGAAAACAAUGUGUACCCGAUCUUAAAGAAACAAUAUUCACAGAUGAAUGCUCUAAAGUAGAAGAUAAGUUUCCAGAAAGUGAGCCUAAGCUUCCGUUUUACCAUACAGGUAAGAAAUUCCCCAGGAUACCUGUACAGGUAUGCAAAGAAACAUACAGAUCUGCUUUGCCUCUUAGUAGGUAUGAAAGAGGACAAGGAGAUGAAGAGAACUAUUUUCUUGAAGCUAGUGGUACAAUAGAAUUUGCUAUUACAAAACAGUCACCUACAUCACCAAAAAAUCUUAAGUUAAUUGCUGACUCGUCCAAGUGGGAGCGGAACUUUAAAUUGCAUCUUUCUUGCAUACUCCCAAAAAACGAAGGUCUUGAUCCUGUCAGAAACUUGGAAAUUUUUCAAAUAAUUUAUAGCAGCACAAGCCGUUGCAGAAAGAAUCUCUUUCAGGCAUUUAGCCAAGCAUAAAAAUGCAUGGGACAAAGAUUUCAGUACUGUGAUAACUUUGUAAAAUAGACUCCAUAAUUUGCUGGUUGUCCAUUAUGCUGUGUACUAUUUGUUCUGUUUUCAAUGUGGGAAAUACUGAGAGAAUCCUUUUUAGUUAUUAGAGAAAGAAAGAUACUCCGUAUUGGUACUGAUAUGUUCUAGACUAAUUUCACACCCUUUUGUAUUUAUGUACAGUUGAAGGAAUUAGCUCAUUUCAUAGGUGCAGUUCAAUGGCUCUUUCAUAUGUGUGGUUACCAUUUACUUGGUAUGAGAAUUUAAUUGCUACAGUACAUGUAGUAGUAAAUGAAACUUCAAAAAAUGUGGUGCUACUGUAAGAAAAAAAAUGUUGCUGAUCACCAGAGAUUGAAGAUGUUUCAGUUUUUAAUCCACAUAAUGGACUUUUGACAGUUUGUUCAGUGGAAAAGCAAGUAUUAAUACAAAAGAUGGAAUGAACUAGUGUUUUUUCAGUUCAUCUCUUGCAAUCGUGUGUCACUUCUGUUUUCCAUGAUUACAUGAUAGACAUUUGACAUUACUUCUGUGAUUAUGUAUAAUAUAUAUAUUUUUUACUCUGUUAGCAGAAUAUAUAUUCUUUUUUAUGUGAGCAGUGGUAUUGCAUUAGUAGUUGUCAGACGUGUAAGUACUGAAGGUUUAAAGUACAAAUAAUUUUUAGAUAAUUUAUACAUAUAUGUAUUAUUUCUUUUUAAGUGACAGAAGCAUUGUAGUUUGGCUUAUGAAAUCACAUGUCUUAUUUUUUGACAUAACGGCAGUAUAAGUACUUGUAAGUUAAUUUCUGUUCCUGUAAAUUUAAGCCAUGUUACUUUCUGUUCUUUUAUAUGUAAGCCAUUUAAAAAUUUUAUGCAAAUGGAAUCUCAUGUUAAUUAAAAGCAGUAUUUACAAAACAAGAAUUUGAGUCCACCCAGUGCCUGUAUUGUGUAAGUGGAUGC